UGCCCGGUGCCGCUGCCCGGCGAGAGCUCCGCAGAGCGCUGCCCGCUCCCCGCCGCAGCCCCCUGGAGCCCCCGGCUCCCCCCGGCAGCCGCCCGCAUGAGGACCCAGCAGUGCCCCAGCGAGUCCAGCGGGGCUCACAGUGCCGAGAACUGCAGCAGCAGCGGCAGCUCCGGGCUCUCGCCGGGCUCCGAUUCAGACAGCAGCGGGGUGGUGUGUGGUGGUGGUGGUGGUGGCAUGAGAGGCGUCCUGUCCAGGUACUGGAGCUUGGAGAGUCUGCACUCUGCCACAGUGCUCACCGACGGAGGCCUGGAGAAGCCAGCCCUGACGGACGAGGUGGGCAGCGAGGAGGAGCUGUACGAGGAUUUCCGCAGCUCCAGCCAUCGCUACGGGCACCCCGGCGGCGGCGGCGAGCAGCUGGCCAUCAACGAGCUCAUCAGCGAUGGCAGCGUGGUGUACGCGGAGGCGCUCUGGGACCACGUCACCAUGGAUGACCAGGAGCUGGGAUUCAAGGCUGGAGAUGUCAUCGAAGUAAUGGAUGCCACCAACAAGGAGUGGUGGUGGGGCAGGAUUCUGGACAGUGAAGGCUGGUUUCCAGCCAGCUUUGUUCGGCUGCGGGUGAACCAGGAUGAGCCCAUGGAGGAUUAUCCCCUGAAGGUGGAGGGGGGCAGAGAGGAGGAUUCCCGGCGCUUCGGGAUGGGCCAGACCACCAAGGACCAGAUGAGGACCAACGUCAUCAAUGAGAUCAUAAGCACAGAGAGAGACUACAUCAAGCACCUGAAGGACAUUUGUGAGGGUUACAUUAAGCAGUGCCGCAAGAGAGCAGACAUGUUUACAGAGGAACAGCUGAAGACAAUCUUUGGGAAUAUUGAGGACAUCUACAGGUGCCAGAAGAAAUUUGUUAAAGCACUAGAGAAGAAAUUUAACAAAGACCACCCACAUUUGAGUGAGGUUGGCUCAUGCUUCUUGGAAUAUCAAACAGAGUUUCAGAUCUACUCUGAGUACUGCAACAACCACCCCAACGCGUGCCUGGAGCUGUCGCGCCUCGCCAAGGUCAACAAGUACGUGUACUUCUUCGAGGCCUGCCGCCUGCUGCAGAAGAUGAUUGACAUCUCCCUGGAUGGCUUCCUGCUCACCCCCGUGCAGAAAAUCUGCAAAUACCCCCUGCAGCUGGCCGAGCUGCUCAAGUACACCAACCCCCAGCACAGGGAUUUCAAGGACGUGGAGGCUGCCCUGAAUGCCAUGAAGAACGUGGCUCGGCUCAUCAACGAGCGGAAGCGGCGGCUGGAGAACAUCGACAAGAUCGCCCAGUGGCAGAGCUCCAUAGAGGACUGGGAGGGAGAGGAUGUCCUAGUCAGAAGCUCAGAACUCAUCUAUUCUGGGGAAUUAGCCAAAAUCUCCCACCCUCAAGCCAAGAGCCAACAGAGGAUGUUCUUCCUCUUCGAUCACCAGCUUGUCUGCUGCAAGAAGGACCUCCUGCGCAGGGACAUCUUGUACUACAAGAGUCGGAUCAGCAUGGAUGACAUGGAAAUACUGGAUGUGGAAGAUGGCAAAGACAAGGACUUCAAUAUCAGUGUGAAAAAUGCAUUUAAGCUGUACUGCAGAGACACUGAGGAAGUCCAUUUAUUCUGUGCAAAAAAGCCUGAGCAGAAACAGCGUUGGCUGAAAGCAUUUGAGAAUGAAAGGAGGCAGGUGCAGCUUGACCAGGAGACAGGGUUUUCCAUCACGGAGGUGCAGAAGAAGCAGGCAAUGCUGAAUGCCAGCAAGCAGCACCAUGCUGGGAAGCCCAAGGCUGUCACCAGGCCCUACUACGAGUUCCUGCUGCGGCAGAAGCACCCCACGCUGCCCAGCACACUCCCUCAGCAGCAGGUCUUCAUGCUGGCAGAGCCCGCGCAAGCCCUCGAACUUCUGGCAGAACAUCAGCAGGCUGACGCCCUUCCGGAAAUAGGGGCAGCCCCGUGUUUGUGCCUGAAGCCCUUCUGAGAAAGCACUUUAUCCAUCACUCCUGGCGCGUGGAGCCCAGGUUCAGCCAGCCCUGUGCUUACAGAGGAUGGCACAGGUGCUCCUGCCUUCCCUAUUUAUUUUGCAGCCCAGCUGACCCGCUGGCUCCCAGGCGAGGCCACGGGCAGCGGUGCCACGGAGCCAGCCCUGCCCUGCCCGGCAGGCAGAGCUCCAGGAGCGUGCAGCAGGGAGCUGGACAGGCUGCAGCCCGAGAGAUUUACCUUGUCAGCUGUACUUGGACUCACUCCUUCCUGCUGUGCCCAGCACUGCUGGCUGGCAGCUGCCACAGGCGAGGGCAGCCGAUGGACCCGCUGGCCCCGUGGCCGUGCUCAGAACAGCAGCUCAGAGUCCGUGGUGAGGAGGGAUGAACCCUUCUGCUCUGCCCACCCCAUGCCCUGCGUUUCUCAGAGCUGUGAUCCUCCUCCACGUGUCCAACUAACUCAGCAGCCUCUGCAGGCCCUCAGAGCACAGUGAGCAGUGCACUGUGACCUCCUCCCUCCCUUUAGUCCAGCAGCACCAGUGAAAGGUGCCCUACAUUAAACUGUGCCAACCUGCAGCAUGAGUCAAGUCGAAGAAUCUCUCUAGUGGGUUUGAGUUACAUAAGUUAGAGAAAAAUGUGCCUAAUUAAUACCAUACUCAAUUCUUUAGAUUCUCGUCUCUCCAUCAUUCUGCCAUAUUUCCUGGCCAAUGAAAAUGCUCAUUGUUUGUAAUGUGUUUAUUUAUGGUAAAAAUCAGAACUGUGUAUUUUGUAAGUCUGUAAUUGUUCUUGUCAGAUGUUGUUAACUUGAUGCCUGUUUUGUCUGUUUAAUUUUUCUUUUCUUUUUUUUUUUCUUUUUUAAAGAAAGGUCAAUAUUUGCAAACCUAGCUCCCAGAAGUCAGAGUCUGCUGUUCAACUCUGCAUCAUUGUUAUGCAAACUCCCACAGACCCUCAAAUUCAAGGAGUGUUACUGACACUUUAAAAAUGGAAAACCACUUGAUAAAGGCCUACGUUUGGCAUAAAGAGCCUCACUUUAAGUACCCAAGUUUCAAAUGGUGGCCAAAAAGAAUGAAUUUAAACCUUGGUUAGCAAAAAGAAAGAUUUGCCUUACCAUAGUGAGAGUUAGAAGCCAUACUGACUGAAUUCCCUAGAUUAGGAGACAUCCUGUGACAGUGGAAGGAAGACACUGGCUCAUUCCAACUCCAGUGUGAGUGAGCACUGUCUGCAGAGCUCAGAAAUCCAGUGUUUGUUGAUGCUGUAGCUGACCAAAGUCUGGUCAUCCAGGGAUAUCUGAAUUCAGUAGCAUGUACAAAGUCCUUCUUGCACUAUAUCUUCCCCCCAGACCAGGGGCAACAUUUAAUUUCAUAAAGAAACUUGUAAAAGUGA